ACCGAGCUGCAUUCGAAAAUGUUCGCAAAAACUCUGUGGUUCGCAGUGGCGUUGCCAUUCCUCUCUUCUGUUCUUUGCAGUUCAGGAGAAGAAUGGUGGCAACACGGGGUGUUUUACCAGGUGUAUCCUAGAUCGUUCAGAGAUGUCAACAAUGACGGAAAUGGUGAUUUGGCUGGUGUUAUCGAGAAGCUGGACCAUUUCAAAGAUGCUGGAGUGGAUGGAGUUUGGUUAUCUCCUAUAAUGCAGUCUCCGCAGAUUGAUGCUGGGUAUGACAUAAGUGAUUACUACAAGAUUGAAGACAUGUAUGGCCAUAUUGAUGAUUUGAAGGAGCUGAUAAAGAAAGCUCAUGAAAUUGGCAUUAAGAUCAUUCUGGAUUUCGUUCCUAACCACACCAGCAACUUGCAUAAGUGGUUCCAGGAAUCUGAAAAUGGAAAUGAGGAAUAUAAGGAUUACUAUGUGUGGGCAGAUGCCAAAGAAGAUGGUAGUCCACCAAACAACUGGAUAAGCGUUUUCCGAGGCUCAGCUUGGCAGUGGUCCGACAAAAGGAAACAAUACUACCUUCACCAUUUCGUGAAAGAACAACCAGACCUCAACUACAGAAACCCCAAAGUUAGAGAAGAUAUGAAGAAAAUCCUGGUAUACUACAUGGAUAUUGGAGUGGAUGGCUUCAGAGUCGACGCUAUACCGUACCUAGUGGAAGACAAAGAGUUGAGAGAUGAACCAAGAUCAUACAAUCCAAAUGUUUCAGAGGAAGAUAAUGAUUACCUCAAACACAUUUAUACCAACAACCAACCUGAAACCUACGAGGUGAUAUACGAUUGGAGAAAACUCGUAGAUGAUUAUACUGCAAACCAUGGUGGAGACGCUAGAAUAUUGAUGACAGAAGCAUACGCCGACCUCGAACACACAAUGCCUUACUACGGAACCCCUGAUGGAAGCCAAAAAGGAUCCCAUUUCACUUUCAACUUCUUCUUCAUCACCAAUUUCAAUAAAAACAUUUCCACCGCCCAUGAUAUAUCCAGAAUAGUCUACAUGUGGAAGAAUGCUUUACCUUCGAUAUAUACUUCGAACUGGGUGCUUGGAAACCACGACAACAGAAGGAUACCAACAAGGCUAGGAGUAGAGAAUAUUGACGGGUUCAAUAUGCUCGUACAACUGCUUCCUGGAAUCGCUGUAACAUACAAUGGAGAAGAGUUUGGUCAAGAAGAUGGUGAAGUCACCUACGAACAAGGAAAAGAUCCUUCUGCACGUAACAGGUCAAUCUUUGAAGCCACCAGUAGGGAUUUCGAAAGAACUCCUUUCCAAUGGGACGACACCAUCAACGCAGGAUUCAAUGAAGGUGCUGAGCCUUGGCUGCCGGUGAGUGAGAAAUACAAGAAAACAAACUUAGCGUCACAAUUAGAUGAGAAAGUGCUGAGCCAUUAUCAAAUCUACAAAGCGUUGACCAGGAAAAGGAAAGAGGAUCCUACAAGGAUUGGUUCAACUGACAUAUGGGCUAUUUCAGACGAUGUUAUUGUUUUGAAAAGAAGUCACGGUAACAAACAUACAGUUUUGGCGUUUAAACUUGGAUGGCAUGACAAAAAUGAAGAAGAAACAGUGUAUGUACCAUCUGUAGGUGCCAAAGGGGCUACAGUAGCACUGACGAAUGUUGGUUCUUCAUAUAAAAUAGGAUCCGUGAUAAAUCCACAAAAUUUCAAAUUGAAACCUCACGAAAGUUUGGUUCUGGACAUUGUAGAUUGAAGAAACUGGAGUUAACUGAUGCCUAAAUAAUUGGUGUAAAUGCACGGUUUAUUUAUUGUCGUUUAUACGUGAAUACUGUCACUAAAAAUAACAGCUGUGAUGUUUUUAUAAUUAUGUAAUUAUAGUCAUUAUAUGUCAUUGAAAAGCAGUUAAAUUGUUUA